CUGGCCGAGGCAGGAAUGGACUCGUUGAUGAGGUAUCUUCCGGGUUUGCUCUAGGUUGCUUCACAUCGCUCUACCAUCGAACUGUUUUUAUCUUGAAAAGGGAAAGAAAGAAAAAAAGAAAGAAAAAAAGAAAAAACGCACACCUCUCGUUUCUAUCGUUUCUUCAUGAUGGAUAUCAGCUCGCUGCUGUCCCCGCAGGAAUCUGCAUCGCAGUCCGGUCGGUCGACGCCCGCGAGCGCCAGUAAUUCGGCCGCCGCGCCCGCCUCGCACUCGCCUCACAAGGCGGUUCGGCGAGCAAACUCGGGUUCCACAAGACAGGGAAUGACCUCGUCACCUCUCGCGCAGCAGGUUCUGGCACCUGGGCGGCGGUCGGAGCCCCCCCCGCCCUCCAGCAGCCCGACCGUGGGACCCAAUAUGGGAGGAGGCAACGGAACGCCGCCCACAGCGGCCGAACAGGGCUCCGCGAGACAACCGUCAACGCCUGGCAUGGAUACGCUGGCCGAUUUGGCUGCGAUGCAGCAUCAUCAACCGCCGCCACGGACCAACGCCUCCAUGAUGCGCAACACCGAGUCGUAUGAGAGCCAGCUCUCUCCCUCGACCAUGUUCCCCAGUGUGAACCCCAUCACGCACAACACGCCGACCCCGCGCUUCUCCUUUGAUAUCGCCAUGGCUGAGGGCCCCGGGGAAAGCGCCCGCCGGAACUACGUGGCCACCUCACUGGUGCCAAAUGCCCAGCGGCAGGCCACCGAGCUCUUCAAUCAGAUCCAGGAAAACCCCCAUUCGCAUGACGCCCACGUUCAGUUCAUCAGCUUGCUGCACGCUGGCUUUGUCAACCAUGUCUAUCCGCCCUCCAACCCGGACGUCCACGGUGACCCUCGCAACUAUGACCUGCUCCGGGACAUGCGGACUGCGCGCGAGGAGAUGGAUAAACUGUUCGCCAUGGGCGAGGAGCUCUGGGCCGAAUGGAUCCAGGACGAGAGCAUGCUUGCCCAGUCCGUGAGCGAACGGAUGGACGUUAUGAGCCUGUGCCAGCGGUCCAUCGAGGAGGAGUACGGAAGCACCAAGCUGUGGAGUAUCUACGGGGAAUGGGUGCUGCAUCUUUACAACUCGUCCUUUGGUGACGCGAGUCAGAGUCACUGGAGCGAGCAAGAUCGCCUGGUCGGCCGCGAAGCCUUCCAGUGGGAGCAUGUCCUGGACGUCUGGCAACGCGGCGCCGAGGCCACCCGCUGGCGGAUCAACGACAGCCACAUGGUCUGGGAUCGCUUCCUUGACCUGCUCGUGCAAGACGUCGCCCGCUCCCCGUCCCAGGGUAAAAUCAACCAUGUCAAAAGCACCUUUGACCUUCGUCUCCAAACGCCCCAUGCCACCUGGGAUCAAACCUUCCAGAAGUUCUCCGGCUUCAUCAGCACCUACUACAGCGCCAACUACGAAGACAUUAUGGCCGAGACUGUGCGACACGCCGCCGACCCGAAACGAAAAUACGACGACCGCCAGGAUCUCGAGAUGAAACUGCGAGCCGCCGUCGAAGCCGGCGACCGCACCCAAGAGUGGUACCUCUACUCCGAGUACAUCGAAUGGGAGUGCAGCCAGAACCGGCGCAAGGGUUUCUUCAGCUUCCAUUUGGUCAAUGCCGUCUACCAACGUGCGGUGCUGCGCUUCCCGACCGACGUCAAUCUCUGGGAAGACUACAUCAUGUUCCUCAUCGACGAGUCAAUGCACGGCCACGUCUCUAUUCAGACAAUCUCCACCCUCGAUCGGGCCACCCGCCACUGCCCCUGGUCUGGAAACCUGUGGUCUCAGUACCUCCUCAGCUCCGAAAGGGAAGGGCUGUCCUUCUCUAAGAUUGCCGACAUCAAGCACAAGGCGACCAGCACCGGUCUUCUCGAUGCGGGCGGAAUGGAGGAGGUACUUAAAGUCCACACGACCUGGUGCAGCUACCUCCGCCGACGAGCUUUCCUGCCCGAGGGAACCGACGAAGAUCUCGACGUCGCAGAGGUAGGCAUUCGCUCGGCCAUCGAAAAUGUCCAGGAGCUCGGGGAGAAGAAAUACGGCAAGUCGUAUCAGGGCGACCCGUACUUCCGGCUCGAGCGCAUCUACAUCCGCUAUCUCAGCGAGAGCGGCAGUUGGGACAGCGCGCGCGAGACCUUCAAAGGCCUGGUACCUCGGCGAGGCAACAGCCACGAGUUCUGGCUAACUUACUACGCAUGGGAGCUCAUCUCGUGGAGUAAGUUCGUCCAGGGCGAGGCCACCGCCGACGCCGCCAGACGCACGCCCAACCCCAGCUACGCGACAGCAGUUCUCAAGCAGGCUCUCCGCAGAACCGAUCUUGACUGGCCGGAGAAAAUCAUCCAGACGUAUCUGGCUCACUGCGAAGACUAUGAAGACAUGGACGAGCUCCAGCAGGCUGUGCUAGAAACCCGCAAGGUCAUGAAGGCAUACAAUGCGCGACGUGAGAAAGCAGCCAGAGAACCAGCCACCGCUACUGCCUCCCAGCACCAGCACCAGCCCCAGGAGAACCAGCACCAGCCGGGCCCAGCCGAGGCCGUCGCCCACGCCGAAAAGCGGAAACGCGAAGAUGAGAGGGAAGCGAACGGGGUGCCAAGCAGCAAGAAACCGCGGCCAGAGGAUACGGAGGUCAUCCUUCAGACCACGGAAGCAGAACCGGUCGCGCUACGACGAGACCGUGAAAACGCAACUGUUGUGGUCAAGAACUUGCCGCACCGUAUCUCCGAGCACAAAGUGCGCCAGUUCUUCCGUCAUUGCGGUACAAUCAACAGCGUCAAGAUGAUUCCCGGCGAGGAUGCAAAUUCCGAAACAGCGAUGAUCGAGUUUGAAUCCAGGGAUGAUGCUUUGGUUGCUCAGACGCGCGACAAGAAGAUCCUCGAGGGGAACACCGUCGAGAUUCGAAUUGGUUCUGGGUCUACGCUGUUCGUGACGAACUUCCCUCCCACCGCGGAUGAGCAAUAUAUCCGUGACCUCUUCCGACCCUAUGGUGAAAUUGUUGAUGUGCGCUUCCCCUCGCUCAAGUAUAACACCCAUCGCCGAUUCUGCUACGUACAGUUCCAAGAGGCUUUCGAGGCAGAGCACGCAACCAAGCUUGAUGGGACUACGCUGGAGAAAGGGUUACAACUCGUGGCCAAGAUCUCAGACCCCUCGCAAAAACAGGACCGUCAAGGCCCGAUGCACGAAGGACGGGAAAUCCACGUUUCCAACCUCGACUGGAAGGCGACCGAGGAGGAUGUCAAGGAAGCGUUUUCCCGAUUUGGUCGGGUUGAAGUUGUACGCAUCCCCCGCAAGGUGGAUGGCGGCAGUAAGGGAUUUGGGUACAUUGUGUUUUCUACCAAGGAGGAAGCGACAGCAGCACUAGCCAUGCACAAGCAAGAGUUCCGAUCACGGCCUUUGCAGGUGAAACUCUCUGCGCCGUUGGCCGCCAAACGCAUUGCGACGAGCAUCAUCUCUCGGGUCGAACCGUCGGAGUCCCCACCGGUCGAGCUUAAUGGGACGCGCACGUCCUCGGCCGAACCGGUGGCGCCCACGGGGGAGCGGGCUGCACGCACCCUGGGGCUGAUGAACAUCCCUGACACGGUGAACGACGCUCGGAUCCGAACCCUGGUGGAGCCGUUUGGAAAGCUGGUGAAGGUCAUCCUGCGGCCGGACCACCAGGGGGCGAUUGUGGAGUUUGCCGACGUGCACAACGCGGGCAAAGCGUCCUUGGGUCUGGAAGGCCACGAAAUCGCGCCGGGACGCCCGAUCCAUGUGGGCACGGUGCCGGAGAUGCUGAAACAGUCUGCGGACCGCAAGGUGGACCGUGUCCCCGUGCUGAAACACCACCACCACAAGGAGGGCCAAAACAAGGGCACGCCAGGCGGCUUGUUCCCGGCGACGGGCUCGGGAUGAUGAAGCGCGGAGGAGGCAUGUCGGCGUCGAGCCUGCCACGCCGCGACAGGACAGAGGAGACCGGACAAUGACGCAACGACAA